AAGGCCCAAUCUCCCUCCUUCAAAAUCUCUCCUCACUCUCCUCCCUCCCUCACUCUCUUCACCUUCCUUUCUCUCUCCUCCUCCUCCAAAUCCAUGGAUCAACAACCAGACCCUAUACCAGAACCUAAGCCAGACCCAAAACCUCAACCGCAACUCCAACAAUGGACCCCACCACUCGACGAACUCACCGACGAUCUCCAAAGCAUGAGCUUCAACUCCACCACAACAACCACCGCGCAACGCAGCACAUCCUCCUCCUCCGAAACAACCACCACCACCUGGACAACCGCUUCCUCAUCCCACCACCCUCCUUCCAACCCUAGUCAAUCUCUCUCCUCUGACCCUCGCUGGACCGCGGUCAAAUCUUUCCCUACCCUCUCCAUUUCCGACCUCCGCUUUCUUUCCCGACUCGGGUCCGGCGACAUCGGGUCUGUCUACCUAUCAGAAAUCAAAGACGCGGAGGGGGUCCACUUCGCUGCCAAAGUGAUGGACAACCGUGAACUCGCUGCCCGUAAUAAACACGGGCGUGCAAGGGCAGAACGGGAAAUUCUCCAAAUGCUUGAUCAUCCAUUCUUGCCUACUCUUUACGCUAGUGUUGAAUCCCCCAAAUGGUCAUGCUUGUUAACGGAGUUCUGCAACGGCGGUGAUCUUCAUGUUCUCCGUCAACGUCAGCCGUUUAAACGCUUCGAAGAGUCUGCCGUCAGGUUUUAUGCAUCAGAAGUGGUGGUAGCAUUGGAGUACAUCCACAUGAUGGGUAUAGUAUAUCGUGAUCUAAAGCCGGAAAAUGUCCUAGUUAGAUCAGAUGGCCACAUUAUGCUAACAGAUUUUGAUCUUUCUUUAAAAUGUGAUGAACAAUCUACUCCUACUCCUCAAAUAAUUACCUCCUCCUCCUCUAACCAAAAUCCUCACCAACAAGACCAACACCCAAAGAUAUUGGGUUCGGGUCGUGACCCUAACGCGAACUCUUCAUCAUGUAUCCUACCCAACUGCAUUGUCCCCUCCGUAUCCUGUUUUAACCCGAACCGGAAGAAAAAGUGGAAAAUAAAGAAAAAACCCGGGCGUCGGUUUGAGCCAGAGUUUGUUGCUGAGCCUGUCGAUGUCCGGUCCAUGUCAUUCGUUGGGACCCACGAGUACCUAGCCCCGGAGAUCGUGUCCGGGGAAGGACACGGAAGCGCGGUUGAUUGGUGGACACUUGGCAUUUUUAUAUUUGAGCUUUUUUUUGGAACUACACCAUUUAAAGGGUCGGACAAUGAGAUGACAUUAGCCAAUAUUGUGGCUCGGGCAUUGGAAUUUCCCAAAGAGCCUUCGAUCCCAAGCUCUGCAAAGGACUUGAUAUCACAACUCUUAGCUAAGGAUCCGACCCGGAGGUUAGGUUCGAUUAUGGGAGCUACACCUGUAAAACAACACCCGUUUUUUAGCGGCGUUAAUUGGGCGUUGUUGAGGUGCAUGAAACCACCGUUUGUACCACCACCAUUUAGUGUUAGUAGUUGCGGAAGUAAGGAGGUUGCGUCGGAUGAUAGUUGUCCGGAUACACCGGUCGAGUAUUAUUAGUGAAUAAUUAGUGAUAAAUAUUGGUAAAUUAUUAGUAUUUUUAAUGAAAUGAUAAAUUUUCAUUAUUUCUGGUA